ACCUGGGCAAGUCCUAUCUGCUGUUGCUGCCUUGGCUCCUUCAUAUGUCUUAUUCCAGCAGAUUUACUUCCCUUUCUCGGGCCAAAUACAUCGGCAUCCUCUGUUGGAUGUGACAAGGACGUAGGAUUCCUGAACUGAGUCCCUAUCUAACCCUGAGCUCUUCUGCCCCAUCCUACGUGGUUCACUGUGUGAGCUGGAUCUUAUCGUUCAGCUCCUAAGGAAGCUGUUAGCCUCUCAGAUCAUGGGUUCCCUUCAGCUAACGACAGUUCUGUUGUUGGUGUCUGUGUCGCUAUGUGAGGUGGCCUCUCAGAACUUCAUCAAGAAUCCCAAGGAAAAGAUGGAACAUUUGCUCCUGAUCAACGAGGUCAAUGCAGAUAAUCCAGGGGACGACACCACCGAGUAUGUGGAAUUGUAUCACACCAGUGGCCGGCGGGCCUCACUUGAUGGCUACUUCUUGGUUUUCUACAAUGGCAAUGGCAACUCAGCCUACAGAGUGAAGGACCUCAAGGGCUUUUCCACUGACAGCCAAGGGUUCUUCCUCAUUGGGUCCUCUGCAGUCACACCGCGACCAUCGGUGAUCCUACAAAAGAACACAAUCCAGAAUGGGCCAGAUGCAAUUGCUGUGUAUUUUGGGAAGGGGUCCUUUUAUGAAGGCAUGAUGGUCACCAAUAAAGACUUGGUGGAUGCCUUGGUCCAUAAGUCGAAAAUCAGCGACAAGGCAGAUGAUUUGGUCCGUAUUCUGACUCCUGGCACAGAGCCUUUCUUGGAGGACCCGCUGUUCAGGACUGCAGAUGAGUCACUGGAGAGAUGCCAAGGGGCAGAUGCACGUUGGUUUUUCCAAGUGGCUAUGCCAACCCCUGGUUCAGAUAACCAUUGUGUGCCUUUUGCGCAGCUGAAUGCAACCACAGCAUUGAUCAGUGAGGUCAAUGUGGCGUCUUCCCCUGGGGAGUUUGAGUUUGUGGAACUACAAGGCCCUUCAUCUACUGAUCUCAAGGACCUGGUGAUGGUGCUGAUCGAAGGCAGCACCGGGAAGAUCUACUUUGUCAUGGAGGUGUCUGGCAGAACGUCUCCCGAUGGGCUGCUUCUCAUUGGUCCGGGCCAAGCCGGAACCCAAGUUGACCUGCCGUUCCCACCAAACUCCAGCGUCCCCCUCCUCAAAGCAGGCCUGAAUGCUGUUGCCCUGUACACAGGGGUCAGCAGCAGCUUUGCCCUGGGGUCUGUCGCCUCAGCCUCAAACCUCCUGGAUGCUUUGGUUUACACGACAGUGGAAGGCUCGAGUUCGAAACUGCGGGAUAUUUUGACCCCUGGGAAGCCCGUCUUCUAUGGGAGAGAACGAUCCCAGCAGGGUAAUACAUCUAUGAGCAGGUGUGCCUGCUGCUCCACUACUCGCGAUCCCUCCAUCUACACACUUGGAAAGCCCACGCCGCGGAGCUUCAACGAUUGCCCCAAGAAGCGUUUCAGUCAAGAAAUUUCCUUGUGUCUUCAAGCUGCAGGUUGCCCGCAAGAAUCCCCGGAGCAACACAACAUAGUGACCGCUUUGGCCCAAGCCCUGGAUAAGCGGAGCGGCAGUGGAGUGUCUCCGGUUCAUUUCAGAGACGUGACUGUAGCUUGCCAGGGCUCAGACCUGAUGUUCACUGCUCUCCUGAUGGCCAGAUCAGCGGAGCAACUCACUGCUCUGCUACGGGACUUCUCUCUCUUCUCGGAGAGCAAGGAGGUGGUUGACUUUGGGGAAUGGAACAGCACGGCAGCGACGGCGUGUGCGAGAGAUGCCAACGUGACAGAAACGCCUCUAGGAGCAACGUCGGAGAAGCCGGGAGCAACCAAAGAGCCUCAAACCCCACAGGCCGAGCUGCUUAUCAAUGAGGUGAAUCCAGACAACCCCGGAGCACGAGAAGAUACUGAAUACAUCGAACUCUUCUACCCUGGAUUAGCGCCCUUUGACCUCCGUGGCUACUGGCUUGUCCUGUACAACGGCAAGAACAACUUAGCUUACAAGGUGGUGAACCUUACGGGCCACCGUACAGAUGAGCACGGCUACUUCCUAGUGGGUAGUGAUGGGGUGAUCCCUAAACCCUUGAUUGUUCUGCCCCCCAAUACUAUCCAGAAUGGAGUGGAUGCUGUAGCUCUCUACCACAGCACCACAGCGACUUACCAAAUUAACAUGGCCUUGACCAGUGAGGGACUGGUGGAUGCUGUGGUGUACAAGUCCCGGGGCUCGGAAAAGGCCGACAAGCUGCUUGCAGUUCUUGCCCCAGGCCAAAGUGUCCUGUACGAAGAUGACUCCCACAGUCACCUAGACGAAUCUCUGAGUCGGUGUCACAGUCUGAAGCCUAGAAACCACAGAAGUUUCCAGGUGACAGCAAUCACGCCCUUCCAGGAGAACGCCUGCCUGCCUCUGGGCUCAAAUUCGACUGAGGAAGUGGCUCACAACCAUUCUGUUUUAAUCAAUGAAGUCGGCUUGGGUAACAGUUCCAUCCUCUACCAGUUCUUUGAGCUGAAAGGGAUACCUGGCACUAGCUUGAAAGGAUAUUCUUUGGCGUUCUUCUCUGGCUGGGAUCACAAGCCAUACAUGAGCAUCCCCCUGCAAGGCACAUUUGGAAGCAGUGGUCUGUUUGUCAUCCUUCCAGAACGACAGGCCAGGCCUGGGAAAGCUCAUGACCAGCUGAUUGCACCCUAUGUUUGGAGCAAACUUUCUGCACAGCAGGAAUUUCAGGCUGUUGUAGUGACCAGCCGUGUGCCGCAAGUCCAUAAUGGCACUUUAAUGACCGGGGAGAACAUAGAAGACGCAGUGGCUUUUACACUAGAGGCCAAUGCCAGCCCAGGACAUCUGGGAUUUCUGGGACCAAUCCAUGUCAUUUCUAAGAGAGGAGAAAGGCCAGUAUCCUUGAGCCGCUGUUCGUAUUGUAGCACAACCUUUGCCGUCUCAGAAACCACCCCUGGCUUGGAGAACAGCUGCCCCCAGGAGUCUCUUUCUAUGGUUUUUGAAAUAUGCCUGCAGACACCCAAUUGCUCCAUGUGGUCUCAGAACCCCUCGAUGCUGGCUCGUUUCCAAAGGGCACUGGCGGACUCCAUGGAGGAGAAUUGUUCCUGUGGCAUCUCUCCAUGUUAUUUGCAAGGGUUUAAUUUCACCUGUUUCAGCUCUGUUCUGAAGCUCUCCGGUCAGUUGUGGGCCAGGUCUUCCGAGCAGCUCCAGCUCCUGUCUAAGUGGCAGGCUGACUUCUCCAGAAGCCCGCACCCUUUCCUUGUGGAUGGGAGGCUGCUCAAACCAAAUAGAUCGUGCUCAGAGUCGGGAAGGACACUGAAGUUUGAAGCUUCAUUCCGGACUUGGGAAAUUGCACUUGUUAUCCUAGGAUCUGUUUUGCUUUUCCUGCUGUUAACCGGUAUAGCAUUGUAUUACAUCAAAAGACGGCCUCAGAAUUACACCACCAUUGAGAUGAAUGACCGCUGCGAGAUAAUGGAGGGCAUUUGACACUGCCUAGAACCCACAUUGGCCAGGAAAAGACUUUUCAGGCACUGAAACAAAACAGCAGUCACCUGUGCUUGCCUGGCAUUUGCACAAAUGCGCCAAGAAUGCAACAGUGUACAUUUUUUUAAAAACUUAGAAUUUUUUUUUACACUUCUGACUUUGGGAUGUGUGAAAUUGGUUCAUUUCCAUGCAAGUUCCUGCUUUUCCUUCCCAGUGCUGUCGAAUAUUCAUGGAAAGCCUGCAAGUGUCUUGAAUAGUGCUGCUUUUCUGAGAAGUUUGUAAUGAUACAUGGUUCUUGAGUGUCCCAUCCCUCAAACAAGUGGUUGUACAAACUGAUGCUUGUUACACAACAGUGAGUGGGCUCAUGUAUGCUGAACAGCUGUGGAGGGAUAAUGCCGAACCUCCUGAGAAUUCUGCCAUGCUCCCAUGUACUUGUAUUUCCCACAUUGCCAUGAAGUCACUGAGUGAUCCUGGCCUGGUCACUCUCGUUCUCAGUGUCACCAACAGGGCUUUUUUUCAGCUGGAACGUGGGGGAAUGGAGUUUCGGAACCUCUUGAAAAUGGUCACAUGGGCUGGUGACCCCGCCCCCUGAUCUCCAGACAGAGGGGAGUUGAGAUUGAGAAAAUGGAGUUGAGAAAAUGGGAGUUGAGAAAAUGGUCGCAUGGGCUGGUGGCUCCGCCCCGAUCUCCAGACAGAGGGGAGUUGAGAUUGCCAUGUGGUGCAGAGGGCAAUCUCAACUCCCCUCUGUCUGGAGAUCAGGGGGCAGGACCACCUGCCCAUGCGACCAUUUUCUCCGAGGGCAACCCAUUGAGUUCCACCACCUCUUUCCCCAGAAAAAAGCCCUGGUCACCAACUUUAUAGGGUUGUUGUGAGGAUAAAAACGGGGAAUGAUGUACACCGCCCUGAACUCCUUGGAGGACAGUUGGAAUAAAAGAAAGAAUAAACGGUGUAGAUCUGACUGUGUUUCAAAGCAGAGCACCAUGAAUCUGUGCCAUGCCACUGUAAAUGGGUAACGUGUCUUGGUGGUCUACACAGGCUUUGCAUAGUUUUUGGGCUGCUGCUGUUUGUGCUUUUCAUGAGUGGUAGAUGUUGUGUUUCCUUUCCAAAGCAAACGUCCAAAUUCAAAGGUUGGGUGGAGCUGAGAAGGGAAAAGGGAAAGAUCCAGGUAAAGGGAGAGGGGAAAUAAACCUUGCCGUUCCCAAAUAUGUCCGUGUGAUAAAAACAAAUGGUGGUUACGGAAAAAAGGUUUUAAAACAUCUUUAAUUUUCCUUGCUCUUGAAGAGGAUUAUAUAAACAAAGGGAGUACCAGGUAAGUUUAAUGCUAUAUGUAUAGCUUGUUCUACAUGACUGUCUCACACUUUGCCCUACAAAUUGAGGAUCAGAGAUACGAACAAAAAUGUGAUACAAUUAAUUUUAGAACUUUGCUUUAUUAUAAUUAUUACAAUUGUUUGUUUUUCUUCAUUAUGUUUUGGUUUGGUUUCCUUGGCUUUCGACAGGAAACAUGCUUUCAGCUCUUAACUUUGUGACACUCCUUGCAAAAGGGUGCCACAUCACAGUAUAUAGUAGCAAGGAAACAGGCCACGGUGCUGCUGCUUAUACAGAAAAAAAGAAAACCCUCCCUAAGCCUCUGAGACAGCACAAUGACUGGUGGAAAAGUAUAAAUACUUACCCUCCAUGCAUCUGAUGAAGAGAACUGUGAUUCUCAAAAGCUUUUGCUACAGUAAAGUUGGUUAGUCUUAAAGGUGCUACUGGACUCUUUUCUAUUUUGUUACUACA